CCGCACCGGCCACCAGUAUCAAAUGUGUGCAUGUUUCUGUAUGAGUUUCAUAGUGAACUAAGCGGGAGUGCGUGCUACAUGUGUUACACUGAGCUCUCCAAGUAACUGUUUCGUCUCUUCCAAGUUUAGUGCCGAUCCACAAUUAAAAACAAUAUGGAGCCGGACAUUGCAGAUAAGAAGCCUGAUAAGCAACUGAUUGUCAAAAUGGCUGGUUAUUUAGAAAAAAAGGGUAGAAUGAGAGUUGUUGGCGUACGUCGUUGGAAAAAAAGAUGGUGUGUACUUGAAGGCAAACUGUUGUUGUAUUUUAAAACGCAAUUAGAGUACUCUCAUCAUUUGUCACCUUGCAGAGGUUCGGUCAAUAUGGGCCUCGCAUUGUCUAUAGCACCACGGGGUCCGUGUCAACUGCAAAUCGUCACUAGAUCUCAAAUUAUAAUCUUCAGAACGAAAUCAAAAUCUGACCUAGAUGAAUGGUUUGCGGCUUUGCGGGAUGCUAAAAAUAACAAUCUGUCGUUUAUCAGAGACCGAAAUUCGUCCGUCGUGGAAACGAACUACCAGUUAUCCUACCGAAUACCUUUGGCCGAGCCCGACUCCAACAACUACAGUGUCAUAAAUGAAAAUCACUUGCGAUAUAGCCGAUCGGUAAGACAACCGUUCGAAGAGCACAACAAGCCGAAUGACAUUCGCCACAUUAUGGCCGUCAACAGGAAAUCGUCGGCAUUGCGGAAAUCCGAAUCCGACCAUCGGAUAAGUUUCUACCGGAAGAUCCACGGCCUCGUUCGCACCGAGACGAUUGCUGGGUCGUCUCCGAUGAGCGACAAGAGAUCGUGUCGCUCGAGAAGUCUGUCGUACGAAAGCAUUUAUUUCAAGCCACAAGAAAAGUGUUCGUCGAUCGAACCGACGAAAUCGCAAAGCUGUAGAGAACUUAUGCCCAAGAUCGUGAGGCAGUUGUCAAAUAAAUGCACGAAUAACUGUGUGUCCAAAAGAAUCAGUAGGUCGGUAUCGUUUUUCGGGAGGCGUCGCGAAGAUUCCGAUUCCGACGAUUAUGACUAUGUUGAAAUUGAACCAAACAACUCAAAUCAAAUUUAUUCGAAACCAAUGACACAAGAUGAAAAAUCUAAACGGCUUCCAGCGUUACCUCCUCAUUAUGAUACAAAAAAAGAUGAAAUCGCUUCGAUGUCAACGGACGAAGAAUUUCAUAAUCAAGAAGCAAAUGUGGAUGUAAUAUAUGUGAAUAACGAUCGUAAAAUGAAAAUUUUCACGAGUGAAUCGGAAUCAGAUUUAAAUCUCGAAUAUGGGACUGAGCAAUCAGUUGAUGUGGGGGACGAGCCGCCACCUUUGCCUAUAAAAAACAAACAUAAACAAAACGUUUUAUUUGACGAGAAUCAACAAUAUCAAAUAAUAGAUGGUGUUUACGUUUUUAAAAAUGGCUCUAAAGAAGUGAUUUAUGACGUUCCUAUUCCACAUGGAAAACUUAUCGAACAUUUUCGCCGGUUGACCAUUACUUCCACGUCUUCGCCGGUCAAGCGUUACACUGACAACGUAGCUUACCACGAUUCGUUGGAGCCUUCGGCUUACGAGACGUUACAAAUGACACCCGACUCGUUAGAAAUGUCCAUGAUGUUUCCCACGUACAAGAGAUGGUCGAACGAUUCGGGCUUCAAUAAUUACGAAGAACAAAAUUCGUUUUUACCCGAUCAUAAUAAUUUUGAGGAUUCCUUAGAACCGGUCAUAACCAUGAUACACCAUGAUCGCAAAAUAUGGCAAAACGUGCCAAAUAUCAACUCUGACGACUACUUCCGUUGACUAUAGUAAUAUUAUGUAUUUAUAAGUAUAUUAGAAAACGUAUACGUGUUAUGAUUUUUUAUUUUUUUUUUAAUGAACUUUCCAUUGUAACAGCUAUAUUGUUAUUAUUUGUAUAAUAUAUAUUAUUAUCGAUGAUUCGAAAAAAA